GAAAAUCGAAGGGAAAGCAAAAUUGUUGAUAUGCUAAACAUCGCAUCAUCUGGCAGAAAAACAAGCGGAAAAGCAGUCGGAAAAGCGGUCGCAGCACCACGAAAAUAGAAAAAAACAACAACAACGAGUGAAAGCGAAGAAAGAAAAGCUUGCCACACACAUUCUUUGUCGGCGCCGCUCAUUGAUCGGUUUGUUGGAAAUUUUGGAAAACUUUUGAAAAAGCCGAAAAUCGUCGGACAUUGUGUUAUGAAAUCGUCGCCGCGUGCGUGAGUGCGAGUGCGAAAAUAUCUGGAAAAUCGAAAGAAAAACAUUAAAUCAAGCAAGACUAAAUCAAAAACCGAGGAGCAUUGCCGUCUGAAAGUUAAAACCCUCUAGUUAAAGUAGACUCCACGCAGCCAGAAGUUUGUUCCCACACACACACACACUGGCACACACACACACACACCAAUUGUUGGUUAAGUUGGCAAUGAGAAACUUACGCCGUUUAACAAACACUUUGCAGUACCGCCAAUUAACAAGCAGAUUCGAAACAACAGCCACGUUAAGACAACCAACUCACAAAGACCAAAUCGCAAUUGUUCGCUUGAGGCGAGUGUCCCAGAAACCGGGCGAAAUCAUCAUCAGCCAGGGCAUUUCGAAUAGCAGCCACCCAAGGAUCUGCCCCGCCCACACUGGUGUCCCAAAUUGCCAGCGGAACGGCAGCAGAAGCAGCAACAGAAGCAGCAGCGGUAGCACUUGCAACAACCUUAAGUUAAGUUGCUCCUAUGCCAGUUUAGGCAGAAUGCAGGCCACGCCCAGCGAAGAUGCUCAGCCGCAGGAUCCGCUCAAGUCCUUCGAGAGGGACUUCUGCGACCUGCCUCCCUACCAAUGCGACAUGAGUGAUUCCGCACCGAAUACCCCAGGACCCUGCUCAACAUCGGCCCUGCCCAAGAAGUAUUACCGCCAUGCGGCACACAGAGUGUUUGUGAACAGAUCGCUGCAUUUGGAGAACAUCAAGUACUAUGGCUUCGAUAUGGACUACACCUUGGCAGAGUACAAGUCGCCGCAGUACGAGCAGCUGGGCUUCAAUCUCGUCAAGGAGCGUCUGGUUUCGAUGGGCUAUCCCAAGGAGAUCCUGCAGUUCGAGUACGAUCCCACUUUCCCGGUUCGCGGUCUGUGGUUCGACACGCUCUACGGCAAUCUGCUGAAAGUGGAUGCCUACGGCAACAUCUUGGUCUGCGUUCAUGGAUUCGAGUUCAUCAAGCACCACCAGGUGUACGAGCUGUAUCCCAACAAGUUCUUGAAGCUGGACGAGUCGCGUGUUUAUGUCCUCAAUACUCUCUUCAAUCUGCCGGAAACCUAUCUUUUGGCCUGUCUGGUCGACUUCUUCACCAACAGCAGCGAAUUUGUGCGCGUUGAACGCGGCAUCAAAGCUGGCGAUUUCCUUUUCACCUACAAGUCGAUUUUCCAGGACGUGCGUCGCGCCGUCGACUGGGUUCAUUCCGAUGGCGAUCUGAAGCGUCGCACCACACAGAACAUGGCGCACUACGUGAAGAAGGACGAGCGGCUGCCGACGGUCCUGUCCCGCAUCCGGGAGUCGGGGGCCAAGCUGUUCAUGCUGACCAACAGCGACUACACGUACACCAACGAGAUCAUGACCUACCUGUUCGACUUCCCCCACGGAGCCACUCCGGAUGAGCCGCACCGCGACUGGAAGAGCUACUUCGAUGUGAUCGUGGUGGAUGCCCGCAAGCCGCUCUUCUUCGACGAGGGAACCGUGCUGCGGCAGGUGGACACCAAGACCGGGGGCCUGAAGAUCGGCACCCACAUUGGUCCGCUGCAGCCGGGCCAGGUCUACUCCGGCGGUUCCUGCGAGCUCUUCACCAAGUUCAUCAACGCCAAGGGCAAGGACGUGCUCUACGUGGGCGAUCACAUCUUCGGGGAUAUCCUCAAGUCAAAGAAGAUUCGUGGCUGGCGCACGUUCCUCAUCGUUCCCGAGCUGGUGAGGGAACUGCACGUGUGGACCGAUGAGUGCCAGCUGUUCGCGGAGCUCCAGAAUCUGGACAUCAAGCUGGGCGAUCUGUAUCGGGACCUGGACUCCAGUGCCAAGGUCAAGCCGGACAUCUCGCAGCUGCGCACCUGCAUCCGCGACGUGACGCACAAGAUGGACAUGUCCUACGGCAUGAUGGGAUCGCUCUUCCGCUCCGGAUCCCGCCAAACCUUCUUCUCCAGCCAGGUGGUGCGGUACGCCGACGUCUAUGCGGCCACCCUGCUGAACCUCAUCUACUAUCCCUUCUCGUACAUGUUCCGUGCUCCGGCGAUGCUCCUGCCGCACGAGUCCACGGUGGCCCACGACCAGGCCCACCCGCCUCCGCUGGCUCCGGUUCCUGCUUCUGCUCCUGCACCGGGCUCCAUUUCCGGUCCAGCUCCUGUUGCUGGUUCAGUGGGAACGGGCUCCUCCUCGGCGGCCGCCUCGCCGGACGAACCGGCGCGAAUUGUGGCCGGCAACGAGCAGGCCAAGGAACCAAAGGACGCCAAGGAUCUGCACCGCGCGAGCUCUAUUGUGCACACUCGUCCCUCGACGCCGACGGUGGUGACCCACACCCACGACGAGGAUUACUCCGAGGAGGAGGAGACGGCCAGCGGAGCCGAGUCCUCCACGGAGCAGCCCGUUCGCGACGCCUCCGAGGACUAGGAACCCCAACUCCCCCGCAGGAAUGUUUGGAUCAACGAAUUUUCUUCUCAAACUUCCCCCAGAUGUCCCGGAAACCCAAAAUACCCAAACAACCAAAACCCAACUCACCUUCAACCCAAAACCCAAAACCCAUCCCAAAAUCCACAUCGUGGUCGAAGCAAUUGUGAAACGUACGAUUUUUCCUGGCGAUUUUACCCGAGCACAGAUAUGUGAAACUAUAUACCAUAUAUGAUAUAUACCUUAUACAUUAUACAUUAGCUCGUUCCGUACAUAUAAUGUGUAUUUUUUUUUAAUUAAAACCAUAAAUUGCUGUAAUUAAACCAAAAA